AUGCAGUUUAACAUGAUUGUCGCACUCCUAGCCAUUGGUGCACCCUUGGCUUAUACAUCACCCAUAGUUGGCCAGGACAACGAGGCAAUUCCAUUCUACGAAAAACGUGCCGACAACAGUGAAGCCAUCCCGUUUUACGAAAAGCGUGCGGGGGAUAACGAAGCUAUCCCAUUCUACCAGCGUCGCGCAGACAGCAGUGAGGCCAUUCCAUUCUAUGAGAAGCGGGAGGAAGAAAGUGAAGUCAUACCUUUCUAUCAGCGUCGUGCGGACAACAGUGAGGCUAUUCCUUUCUAUGAAAAGCGGGCUGAGGAGAGUGAGGCCAUCCCCUUCUAUCAGUAG